AUACGUGAACAGUCAAGCAAGUUGAGCACAUGGCAUCAUGUGCCUGUGAGUCUUUAACGGAAAAUUCGCGCAGAGUGGUCAAGUUUUCGGGAAAAUCCGCACAAGAAAAUUGAUCAAGUGCUGAGUUCCGUCUUUACAAUGGCGAUUCAGUAAUUUUGUUAAUAAAAGAAGGAACCUCUGAAGGAUUUUAAAAACCGCGAGUGGAGCAAAUUAAUAGAUUUUCUUUUUUAAAUUCUUUUAAAAAAAAAUAAAAAAGAUUUUUGAAAAAAAAAAAGUUCUGGAUUGAGUUUAGGAGAAAAAGUGCAAAAGAGUAGUGAAAUAUAUAUUUCCUUUUUUUGGGCAUUCGUGCGUGAAAGAUCCCAAUACAUGUGAGUGAGUGGUUAAAAGUGAUCGAAUGGUCCAGGGAAGUGACUGUGCGGGAAAUAGGAGACUUAAGGAUACUUCUCGUUUUGCCAAUAUGAUGGACGUUGGCAUGUACGGCAAUCACUCAACCCACCCUGGUGGCUUCCAGAGCCCCGAUGCCACAUCCACAAGCUACGCUUCCUACUUCCAAUCCACCCACCACCAUCCUACACCCCAUUUGAGCAUUAUUCAGUCGGGUGCGGCUACGGAUGCUCAUCAGGCGGCUGUGACUGAGUAUUCGGGGCAUGGAGGAGCACCACAGGCUGGCUCUGGUCAACCUGUCGUGUCCACAGCCGGCGGGCACCUCUACACAUCCCACCCACACCUCUACAGCCCCUCAGCUGCUGAAUAUGGCAUCACAACCACCGCCAAUAAUUCUCCCACUGAGGGAUUCUACGAUACUGACCAUCAGCCAUAUUUCCCUCCGACGGCUACCAACGGGGCACCGCCUCAGGGUAACACACUACCCGAAUCCCACAUCAUCAGCUCUGACAAUGGGCUCAGCUACACCAACUUGGACUACAUCUACGGACAAAAUCACGGCACCCCCACUGCCACAGCCAGCCCCUACCUUCAGGGUAGUGGAGAAGAGAAAGUACCCCUAAGUCACUAUCAGUUAGGCGAUGAGAUGCUCCCCACGGGUCAUCAUCAACCAAAUACAGCCAAUUGGCAUCACCAUCAUCAUCCCUCCUACCUUGAGAACAGCGUUAACCACCCCUUUGGACUGGGACAGAUGCCCGCCGGGAAUCAAGCGUCCGGGCAGAUGGGCCAUAUGCCAUCCUCAGCAAUGCAAGGAUCCCCACCGGUGCAGCAUCAUCAGCAACAACAGCAGCAGCAGCAGCAACAGCAGCAAAAUCAACAAAAUAUCACCACCUUCAAGUGGAUGCAAAUCAAAAGAAAUGUGCCAAAGCCUCAAGCUCCAAAAUUAACUCCACCAAUGCAGGACUAUAGCAAUCACACCCCACAGACAUUGGAUCCUUGCAGAGGGAUGACUGCUCUAUCGGGACUAGGCCUCUCAGCCGCUUCUCAAGGAACCAACCCCCUGUUAAUGAACAACAACAACAACACAGGAAGGACAAAUUUUACGAAUAAGCAACUAACGGAGCUGGAGAAGGAGUUCCAUUUUAACAAGUACCUCACAAGAGCGCGAAGGAUCGAAAUUGCCAACGCUCUGCAACUCAAUGAGACACAGGUAAAAAUAUGGUUUCAAAAUCGUCGAAUGAAGCAGAAGAAGCGAAUUAAAGAAGGUCUAGUCCCAGCAGAAGCACUCAGCCAAAGCCCAACCGGCACCGCAGCCUCCGCCACCAAUGACACAAACCUUCCGGGCAGCAGUGAAAACAGCAGAGAAUCAAAUUGAGCGACGCUCAGUUCAACAGUACCCUCCCACUGAAUUAGUCGCACGCCGGUUUUCCUGCGUGGGGCGAAGUGGAGGACCUUGAGUCGAUUUCAAGCUAGUCUGUUAUUUUUGGUUUUUUUUUAAACAAUUCUUAUUUCUUUCUUCCUCCUUAUUGUGUUCCCCCACAGAGUUGUCUUUGGAGGAACAGCUGUUAACUUUAUAAGUAGAGAAGAUCCCAAGAGAAAGAUUAUAGCAAAAUCACCAAUUACUAUUUUAAAUUAUAUAUCUAAAACUAAACUAUAAUGAGGGAAGUUGAUGUUGAUAUGAACCACCAGAGAGAAUAAAUUGCAUGGAAGAAGAGAAUGAUAUCUAUUCUUAUCAGAAGUGUUUUCUUGUAAAUAUAGUUGCUGCAAUUCCAAAUAAAAACAACCUCCCAUUUUAGUCAAAAAAAAAAUUAUUGUAAGUAGUUGGAUUAAACAGUUCCUCAAACGAAUUUAGAAAGAAAAAUCUUCCCUCAAAAGUUCUAAAAAAAAAAUGGAGAAUAAUUCCAUGAAGAAGAAGGUCACACAAUCAAAUUUCUAUAACAAUCUAAUACAGUUCUAACUAUCUCUAUAACUAUUAAAAAAGAAGAAGAAAAACAUUAAUCUAUUUAGUGAUGGAAAAGCCAUUUUCAUGUACAUAGACGUACCUUACCUAUUAAAUACUUUAUGUAAAACUGCAGAGUAGUCACAUUUUUUGAGACAACAAAAAAGUAUUAAUUAACAAGUUACUGAUUUAACUUUAAAAAAAAUCAUGUAGUAAAACUCUUAAAUAUAGUAUGUUUCUUCCUCAGGGAUUAAUGUACUACAAUACAUUACAAAUUGAAGCAUUGUAAAAGAGACGAAAGAGAAAAAAUGAGAAACAUGC